GCUCCUCCGUCGAGUGGACGGGACGCAGAAGCGCGCCGGAGAGGAGCAGGCGGCGUCCAGAGCAGCAGCAGCGGCAGCAGCUACCGCUCCGUCGGGGCGAGGAAGUAAAAUCCAAGUCCAGCCUCUCCAUCGGACUGCGGGAGCCUGGAGGGAGCGCCCGCCUGCCUGGAUCCAGCGGCGAAGGAGAAAGAGGCUCCGAGCAAACGCCGAGGAGAAGUCGCCCGGCCAGGGGCUUUGAAGGGACCAUAUUUUGGCUGUGAUCCCCGUGCCAAGGAGCAAAGCUAACUAUGAGGGAUGCAUAUUCUCCUUGGUCCAUGACUAAAUUGAUUUGCCUCCCUUGGAUGAGCCUGAUCUUUCUGGAGGGCUGCAGCCCAAAAGUUCUGGAGAAGACAUUUGAACAAUGGAUGAGGUAUAAAGAUGAGUGCUUGAAGAAGAUAGCAAGUGAUCCUUACCCUUCAGGGCUGUUUUGCAAUCGGACAUUUGACAUGUAUGCAUGCUGGCCAGAUGGGAGCCCCGGGACCAUCGUCAAUGUCUCCUGCCCUUUUUAUUUGCCCUGGUAUGAGAAAGUUAAACAUGGUACGGUGAGCCGCAAGUGUGGGCCUGAUGGCCACUGGGCGAUGCUGAACGGGACAGAGCUCUGGAGGGACCAUUCCCAGUGCAAGGAAGAGGUGGAUGGCAACACUGGAGAGGAAUCAUCCUACCGCCUGAUGGUCAGCUUCAAGGUCCUCUACACCGUGGGCUACUCCCUCUCUCUGCUGGCCCUGGUCUUGGCUCUGCUCAUCCUGACGGUCUUCAGGAAGCUUCGCUGUACCCGGAACUACAUCCAUGCAAACCUCUUCGCCUCCUUUGGGCUACGGGCCAUCUCUGUGAUCGUGAAGGAUGCAUUGCUGGAGCAGAUGUGGAGAAGGGAGACGUUCCAGGUGUCCGACUGGGAGGCCUUGCUGAGCCACGAGGCUGCGAUUGGUUGUCGAGUGGCUCAAGUCGUGAUGCAGUACUGUAUUCUGGCCAAUCAUUAUUGGUUUCUUGCGGAGGCGGUCUACCUGUACAAGCUUCUGAUUGGAGCUGUGUUUUCAGAGAAGAAUUACUACACUCUGUACCUGUACUUGGGCUGGGGAACCCCCGUGGCUUUUGUGGUGCCGUGGAUGGCUGCCAAGUACCUGAAGGAGAAUGCAGAGUGCUGGGCAUUGAACGAGAACAUGAAUUACUGGUGGAUUAUUCGCAUCCCUAUUUUGCUAGCCUCUGUGAUCAACCUGCUGAUCUUCAUGCAGAUUCUCAAAGUGAUCCUGGCCAAGCUGCGAGCCAAUCAGAAGGGCUAUGCAGACUACAAACUGCGGCUGGCCAAAGCCACCCUCACCCUUGUCCCUCUCUUUGGGAUCCAUGAAGUAGUCUUCAUUUUUGUCACAGAUGAGCAAACUACAGGAGUGCUGCGCUACAUCAAAGUCUUCUUCACUCUCUUCCUCAACUCCUUUCAGGGAUUCCUGGUUGCUGUCUUGUAUUGCUUUGCAAAUAAGGAGGUGAAAUCCGAAAUGAAGAAGAGGUGGCAGCUUUGGAAACUGGACCACCCUGCCCUCUGCUGCACCCAGUAAGAGGAAAUUGGGGACACCAAGAGCUCCUUAAGACAGCGACUGAUGCUCUGUCCUAUGAUGCUGCACCUGGCAUUCUCAGAUGGCCACAGAGUGCUUGGGGCAAUGGUGGUGGUGAUGCUCACAGCUUUGUUGGAGGACCACAGGCAACGUUCUGAAAAAGGGGGCAGAGGUUAUUUCUACCAGUUGGGCAAAACAUAGAAAUUGACAUUGCUGGCUUACAGCACCCAGAUGAUGAUAAACCAGCCAUGAAAAAGCAUUAGGAAGUGCCAAAGAGCCUGAUGGAGGAUGUGUAUAAUGCUGCAGAAGGAAUCCUGAAGCUCCAGGAAUUAGAGAGGGAUGUGUGCGUGUCUAGCUCUAUGGUACAGCAUCGGCUUUGAAUGGAGAAGGUCCAGGUUCAAUCCCCAGGAUCUCCAGAUAGGGCAGGAUGAGACCCCAUUGGAAAUCUUGGAGAGUCACUGCCCAGCCAGAGUAGGCAAUACCAGAUGAAGAAAUGGUUUGACUUGGGAUAAGGGAGCUUCCUGUGUUCCACGUCUCAAAACCAACUCAGGAUUCAGCUUUGGUAGGAUGGCAGUCCAUCCUAGGAGAUCACCAAGGGCCUUAAUACUGUCCUCUACCACCUGUUCCCAUUGUUCAGCAGCUGCUAUCUACCUUCAAGCUUUUCAGAGAGGUGUAUUCUGUACCAGAGGAAAGAAUUCCUCCUCUCUCAACUAUGAAGGCUACAGGAUUCUAAGCCAAGAUCAAGAUAGCCUUGCAGACACAGGCACUGAGAUCCCUCAGCAGUUUUGUUUCUGAAGAUGCCAGAGCAAGAAACCCAUUGAGGAUCCCUUCAAGUGACGUCAUGGCUCUGUGUAGCCCAGGCUUUGGCCAGCCUCACUCAGUGUGGGAACUCUGCAACGCUCCCCUCAGCUAUGGCUGAGCCCAGUGGUUUGGCUCCAAAGAGGACAUUUCUGGGGAGUCAAGAGGAUUGUGCUUUGCUCAGCUUCUGCAUGAGGUCCCUGUGCUCAUUAAAAAGCACAAGCUUCUGAUGCAUCACUUUGCAAGGUUAACACUGGGAGAACUCAGAGUACUUUCCCUGCACACCCUGACCUUCUCGGGCUUCACGGAACCAGCAGUGGACGCACUUUGCAUCUCAAACAACUCCUCCUGCCUCUUUUCCCCUUUGGGCAGCUCUGAAGGUUUUCUUUGGCUGCCCAGUGCGUGUGGGACGAUGAUCAUUCUUCAUAUACCACCGUCUAUCCAUAUAUGUCACUUUGCAAAGAACAGGUCCAUGGCUCCAGGGGGCUGACGUGCAACGCAGAUGCAAGGGAACAACAUGGGAAAGGGAGAAUUUAGAGGCAUGGGAAGAAUAUGCAAUUAUUUUGAGUUGGCUUUGUUACAGGGCAGAGCGACUGGCGAUGGGAGGAGGAGGAAAUGAUGACUCUCCUAAGGGAGGUUGCCUGGAAAUGCCUCUCUCCCACUAAAGGGAAAAGGCUGUAAUUUUGGGUAGAGAGGUAAGGUCGAGGUCAAAGGUCACAGGAAGGAAUGUGCCAAUAAAUAAAGCACAUAGAAGUAUAAGGCCAUGGAGGGUUUUGAAGAAAAAACUGAGGGCAUAGGAACAUGCUCUGAGAGGAGGGGCUGAAUUGUGCCUUAUUGAAUUGAAGCUACUGCCCCCUCCUUCUGCAGCACUGGCCUUUCUCUCUGGCUGCAAAAAACUUUUGAGGGGUGCAGGCGCUACGGUAGCCCCUCCUUCUCCAGGGAAGAAUAAGGAUUGGCUGCACACAGCCAAUUUACAAUGCUGAGCAACUUGUAGAAGUCAUUGCUAUGGAAAAAAAACAUCCUGGAAGAAAGUGGGAAGGUGAUGUCUGGAGGCUGUACGAAUUGAGCUACCUUGGAGGCGGCAAAAAAGAUGCCUGUUCUGGAAUGGGCAGUGCUACGAAACAUUUAAGUCAAGUGUCCUUUAGUUUUAUUGCAGGGGGUGGGGGAAUGCAGGUGACCCAGCUAUUGGCGUUUUGGAGAAUGUUUGCUCUGCAGCAGGAGUAGCAAACCUUUGAGCCCCCAGGUGCUACUAAACUAUAACUCCCAUCAGCCCCAGUAAGCAGGGCAGGGGUGAUGGGUGUUGUAGUCCAGCAACUUCUGGAGGACCAAAUGAAUCCCAUCUGUUCUGUGCCUGCUAAGACUAAGUAGGCCACUUCUUUUAAAUGUAACACUCAAGGGGAAGGGUAGUUUCACACAGACAACUGUUCUACGCAUGUUUCAAAACAGUGCCAAUUAUUUCUGGCAAAAGGGAUGCCCUUUGGGGGCAGGGGGAGGAGAAGGAAGCACAGCGGAGAAGAGCUGGAUGACUUGGACGUCAGGGUUGCGUCAAAGAAGACACAGGCAGGUUCAUCUCGCUGUGACCUAAUCUCUGCACAGCUGCAGUGGAAGAUUUGAAGGAUUACAGGUCUGGAAGCUCAAAGGGAUUCUAAAGCACAGCUAUUCCCCACCACAAGCUUAGCAUCUUCUAGAACUUGUAGAACUUCCAUUUUCUCUGCAGGUUCUUCCUUUCUUGGAGGUAAAGGGUACACGAUGCAGAGCAACUAUAAGUAAGAUGGAAUAGAGGACUCCCAUCCAACACCAGUCCCUUCAUUGCAGGCUUCUGUAAACACUCCAAGAGUUUUUCAAGCUAAUAAAACUUUGAACGCCUUCUUCAUUACUGAGGUACAUUCAUGUUGGUUGCCAUUCUGUGUGACCACCUCGAAAAGUAGUU